AUGAUGAUGAUGUCGCUGAACAGCAAGCAGCCCUUCGGCAUGGCGCACGCCGGCGGCGGCGGCGGCGGCCUCCACGAGCCCAAGUACUCGGCCCUGCACUCCGCCUCGCCUUGCACCUCCUCGGCCGCCGCAGCCGCGCCCUCCGCCAGCGCGCCCAGCAUCAGCAGCGCCGGCGGCGGCGGCGGCCGGAGCAGCGCCCCGAGCAGCACCACCAGCAGCAACAGCACCUCCGAGGCCAUGCGCCGCGCCUGCCUGCCCACCCCGCCGAGCAAUAUCUUCGGUGGUCUGGAUGAGAGCCUGCUGGCUCGCGCUGAAGCCCUGGCUGCAGUGGACAUCGUCUCUCCCGGCAAGAGCCACCACCACCACCCGCCCCACCACAGCCCCUUCAAGCCAGACGCCACCUACCACACCAUGAACACCAUCCCCUGCACCUCAGCCGCUUCCUCGUCCUCGGUGCCCAUCUCGCACCCGUCCGCCCUGUCGGGCACCCACCACCACCACCACCACCACCAUCACCACCACCAGCCUCACCAGGCUCUGGAAGGGGAGCUCUUGGAACACAUCACUCCGGGGCUGGCACUGGGGGCCAUGACAGGCCCCGACGGCUCGGUGGUCUCCACGCCUGGCCACGCUCCCCACAUGGCCAGCAUGAACCCUAUGCACCAGGCGGCUCUCAGCAUGGCCCACGCCCACGGGCUGCCCUCUCACAUGGGCUGCAUGAGCGAUGUGGACGCGGACCCACGGGAUUUGGAAGCCUUCGCGGAGAGGUUCAAGCAGAGGCGGAUCAAGCUGGGGGUGACUCAAGCAGACGUGGGCUCGGCCCUGGCCAACCUCAAGAUCCCCGGGGUGGGUUCCCUCAGCCAGAGCACCAUCUGCAGAUUCGAGUCGCUCACCUUGUCCCACAACAACAUGAUCGCCCUCAAGCCCAUCUUGCAGGCCUGGCUGGAAGAGGCAGAGAAAUCACACCGGGAGAAGCUGACCAAGCCGGAGCUCUUCAAUGGGGCAGAGAAGAAGAGGAAACGCACAUCCAUCGCCGCUCCUGAAAAAAGGUCCCUGGAAGCCUACUUUGCCAUCCAGCCACGUCCUUCCUCGGAAAAAAUUGCGGCCAUUGCGGAGAAACUGGACCUCAAGAAGAAUGUGGUCCGAGUGUGGUUCUGUAACCAGAGACAGAAACAGAAACGGAUGAAAUAUUCCGCUGGGAUUUAA